GUGCUGGUUUUGGGUUUUUAGCGUUUUUUUCCUGCUCGGGAUUCAAGUUUUUUUUUUUUUUUUUUUUGUAGUGUGCAGUCAUUCUGAAUGGGGUUUAUUCUCAUACUCAGAUGCUCAAUGUGUCAAGGAUGAAAGUGGUUUUUACAUCUGGCAGUUUCGCAUUUUUGCGCGUUGAGGUUUGGAAACAUUUUUUUUCUUUUUCCUUUUUUUGUCUUUUUUGUUUCCUGUCAUAGACUUCUGCUGUAUUUGGGCUUUGCUUUGUAUUUGGCGGUGUGGCUAAGAGUUUUGGGAUUUUCAUGGUCGCCGAACAAAAGCAUCUGCUUUUAUUUCAUCUCUCUUUUCUUUACAGAAGUCCUUUUUAAACCUGGUGAUGUUUUAUUGUGAAACUUUUCUCGCAGAUUACUGGUUUACGUGUUUUGUUUUGUUUUUGCCUGAUCUUUGAUUUUUCUAUUUCCUCUACUUUCCUGCAGAUUUCAGUGUCAGAUAUUUUUUCGGAUGUUGUUCUUUUUAUGAUACGGUUAAUGCACACGAAGUGCAUGUGAAGUGAAGUGUGUCUUUUGGGCGAGGAUCUGUGCAGUUUCUUUUUUCUUUUUCUUUUUUUUUCUUUCUUUUUUGUUUUUGGUUUCCGUGCCCACGAUGAUGAACAGACGAUUCUCCUUUCGCAGGAGAGCCAGCAGAAAAGGAUGACUGGUAAGAGUCAAACAAGCAACGUGACCAACAAGAAUGACCCACGUUCCCUCAACUCCAGAGUCUUUAUCGGCAACCUCAACACAGCCAUCGUCAAGAAGGCCGACAUCGAGGUCAUCUUUGCCAAGUACGGCAAGAUCGUGGGCUGUUCCGUCCACAAGGGCUACGCUUUCGUCCAGUACAUAAGUGAGAGAAACGCCCGGGCCGCCGUCGCCGGGGAGAAUGCCCGAAUCAUAGCAGGACAACCACUGGAUAUCAACAUGGCUGGAGAGCCCAAACCAUACAGGCCUAAAGCUGGCUCUAAAAGACCUCUGUCUGCUGUGUACUCUGGAUAUGAAUUUGACUAUGACUACUACCGUGAGGAUUUCUAUAAUCGGCUUUUUGACUAUCAUGGACGGGUGGCCCCGCCACCACGGGCCGUCAUCCCUCUGAAACGCUCGCGUGUCGUGGUGCCAUCAACACGAAGAGGAAAGACUUCUUUCUCCAUCAAAACCUCCACCUCUUCGUCUUCACGGCCACCCUCGUCCUCCUCCUCCUCCUUUUCCGCCGGCCUCAAGCUGAAGACGGAUCAGCUCCAGACAAUCAAGCGUGAGCUGACUCAGAUCAAGCUGAAGAUCGACUCUCUCCUGGGCCGUCUGGAGAAGAUAGAGAAGCAGCACAGAGCCGAGGCGGAGGCUCAGAGGAAAUAUGAGGAUAACUGUGACUCGCUACAUGAGGAGUCCGUAUCAGAGACGGCAGAGAACUCGGCUGAGGAGGCUGGCGAAGGGACGCUAGACGCAGAGGCUGGAGAGAUGACCGACGGAGGAGAGGACGACUACGACGAAGAGGGUAGCACUGAUCCGAUAGAGAACCAUGUGUCUGAUAUUGACAACUAAAGGCCAUGCCAACUGGGAAAUCAACGCUGCUUUGUAACUGCAGCGUUUGGGGGAAGGAAGGAUGACAUGAAACUGUGGGAAGAGCUUCAAAAAAAAGAACUAAUAAAUCAACUUUUAAAGAGACAAUGAGAGCAGGUGUAUGAUUGGUCUUGGUGAGAGGCAAUGCAGCGCACACUCAUGGACAAAUCUCUCGCGGCCAGGCGUUAUCAAUCGCUCAGCAUUUCACUGGCCUUCAUUUGAUUACCUUGAAAUAUUCAUACGUUCAGAGGACGGAGCUUAACAUUGCUUGUAUAGAGUGAAAAUAAAAAUGAACUGCUGAGAGCUGAUUACAUGCUUUUUAAAGUGGUUUUACACAUAUGUUAUGAUUUGUCGUGGCAUUAAACGAUGCAUAAUCUCGGUUGUCCAUGCGUAAUGUUCCAGCUUGAAUAUUUCAGUUUUAUUUUCAUUAAAUAUCUGAAUGAAUUCAACAUUUUUGUCUGUGUGAGAAUUUAUGUAAAUAAAGUGGAACUGUGUGUGUGUGUGUGUGUGUGUGUGUGUGUGUGUGUGUGUGUGUGUGUGUGUGUGUGUUGGGGGGGUAUAAUGUUAAAGAGAAUGCAGUGCUGUUAUUAAGACAAGAAGAUUUAUCAUCGUUCCUCACCUCACACAUUUCUUCCAUUGGAUUUUUCCAUUCUGCAGUGGAGGAAAGCAGAUGCUGCUGUGGCUGCUGUUGCUUCCCUCCGGCAAACACUGCCAUGUGUCUGUUUUCAGUCAUACUCAUCUCUCUCUUUCUUUCAAUCUCUAAUUCCCUCCUUUCAUUUUGUCCUCCCUCCAUCUUUCUCUCUUGCCAUAUUGCCAUCUUUCUCACCAGCCCCUGAGCUGAUUCUCAUUCUUUUCUCCAGCUUCUCACAGUGCUGUUUAAUAACCGCCUCAGGUGUGCCGGCCCCAUGCAAGCUUUCAGCAGUGGUGAUUAUAUUUACUUUAAUGUUCUAUUGUUCGCGCCCCAUUAAUUCACUGAUGUCCAAACAUUUGGUUGGUUUCUCAAACCAGUGCUGCAUCUGUGCCGAAAUGACAAAUCCCCCUUCAGUCAAUCCAGAAAACUAGCCCAAAGACUUUCAGCACUGUACUGCCAUAUCACAUCUGUAGAUUGGCCACAUCUGUCCUGAGAAAUGUCACUAAAUUAACUAGCAUUUGUUCCAUGUUUCUCCUUUUACCCUGUUUAGACUUGUGUGUUUUAUUAUGUAUGUUUAUGUGCCAUUUGCAUUGCAUUGCAUUGCAGCUUUCUUUCUUGUACGUAUAUGUUCAUGUGAGAAGAGAGUAAUUAUCCAAACCUCAGAUGUUUCUACACAUACAGCAUGUUUAAUGGAUGCUAAACUACAGUGACACCACAUCUCAUUUAUUCACUGAUUGGAGUUACACCAUAUUGAUAGUGGACUCUAUUUUUGUAUGGCAAAUUUUGAUGGCUUUAGAAAGCUUGUUUUCUUUUCUUUUCUUUUCUUUGCUUUUCUGUCAAUGUCCUAACUAUCUGUCUUGCAUCUGAUCUCUGUAUAAUGUAACAGAGAACGUAAGGAACCUGAUAGAACAAAUAAAAAAAAAGACAUGGUUACCAGCAUCAAAAUGUAUUUCUCACUGUGGGCAACGUGUCUAUAUUAUGUCUUCUUUUUCCUUUUUUUUUAUUUUUUUUUUUUUAAUAUAACAUUUCAGAGAAAAUGCUAUUAUAUUCAGUCUAUGAAAAAAACUGGCCAUCAGCCCAAGGACACGAUCCAUUGAAUAAAAACGUGUAUAGAAAUGUAUACAAUUUUUAAAGCUAUUUUUUAUGAUGAGCAUGUCUAUUAUUUUAAUGUAAUUUCUGUUUUAAUUCAGUUGUUGCAUUUAUUGUAUGGCUUUAGACUUCAUUCCAUAGAGGAAGCGCAUUAUUAAAAAUCAGUGGAUGUGA